GCUGGUUAAUAGUUUCCGGUUACAGUAAGCACUCCACAGUUGUGGGUGUGACCUGCAGCAUGUUUGUUUGGGGAAGGAUCACACGUGACUAUACCAAAGGAGAAGCUUUCUUACGUGUCCUGAACAGGCUCAUCUUUCUUCACAGAGCAAUAACUGCUUCCUCUGCAUUGUAACCUGUUGAAAAGGCAUGAUGGUGAACUGCUGUGGUCUGCUCACUGCUUAUAAGGAACAAGUUCCUCUGAAGAGUGUGGUGGUGGAGCUGGAGGUGAGGGACCAUGUGGCUACAGUGGUCUCCACUCUGAACUACGAGAACAAGGAGGACAAACCACUAGAGGCUGUUUUUGUCUUCCCUCUGCCUGGAGACGCUGCUGUCUGUCAUUUCAGUGCUACGAUCGGAAAGACACAGAUUGUAGCUGAGGUGAAGGAGAAACAGAAGGCUCGUGAUGAGUAUGAUGAUGCUUUGAGCUCAGGUCAGCGGGCCUUCCUAUUGGAGGAGAGUGAGCAGAGUCCAGAUAUAUUCUCUCUGAGUGUGGGCAGUCUGCCUCCAGGAGAGAGCGCCUCCAUCAGGCUGGAGUAUGUCACUGAGCUGGCUGUGCAGGCUGAUGAUGGGCUGAGGUUUUGUCUGCCCGCUGUGCUCAACCCUCGCUACCAACCACAGGGAAGUGGAGGUAAUGAAGGUCCCGGUGUCCAGGUGAGCUCUGUUCCAGCCUCUCUGGUUCCCUACAGCCUGUCUUUCUCUGCCCGAGUGUCCUCUCCUCGUCCAGUCUCUAAAGUAGAGUCCAACUGUCCCCUGGACCCUCUCCAGUACCUCAACACAGAGCAAACCCAGGCCACGGUCAAGUUGGCUGCAGGACACAAGUUUGACAGAGAUGUUGAACUGCUGAUUUAUUACAAAGAUGCCCACCAGCCCUCUGCUGUGGUGGAGGUAGGACAGACCUCUGCCAAGCCUGGCACUCUGAUGGGUGAUCCAGUAAUGAUGCUGAGCCUGUACCCUGAGUUCCCCCAGGCUGUGAUGUCUUCACUCACCUCAUGUGGAGAGUUUGUGUUCUUAUUGGAUCGAUCUGGAAGUAUGGGUUGCCCUACCAAUAACAGCAAGCAGCAAGAAACUCGCAUUGGCAGUGCCAGGGACACUCUGCUGCUCCUGUUGAAGAGCUUACCAAUGGGCUGCUACUUCAACAUCUACAGUUUUGGGUCCAGCUACGAACACAUCUUCCCUAAUAGUGUGGAGUACAACCAGAAGACCAUGGUAAAGGCUCUAAAGAAAGUUAAGGAGAUGAAGGCUGAUCUGGGAGGAACAGAGCUCCUGAAACCUCUUAAACACAUUUACAGCCAACCCUGCAUUCAGAGUCAACCGAGACAACUCUUUGUCUUUACUGACGGCGAGGUGGGGAACACCAAAGAAGUUAUCGAUCUGGUGAAGUCGAAUUCAAGUUCCCACAGGUGUUUCUCUUUUGGGAUUGGGGAAGGGGCCAGCUCUGCUCUUAUCAAUGGAUUGGCCAAGGAAGGAGGAGGUCACGCACAGUUCAUCACAGGGACUGACAGGAUGCAACCCAAAGUGAUGCAGUCGCUGCGAUUUGCUCUGCAGCCAUCUGUGGCGGACAUCUCAGUCACAUGGGAUUUGCCAAAGGGAGUCUCUGUUACUGUUCUCUCUCCACCAAUCACAGCAGUUUUCCAGGGUCAAAGGUCACUGAUUUAUGGCCAACUCACUGGACAGAGUUCAGAGGCAGCAGAGGGCUGUGUGACGGUGAAGUACAGCCUGGCAGGUCAUCCCUCUCAGAACCAGCUACACUUCAGUCUCAAACCUGCAGAGGACAAUGGGUUAACAGUCCACAGGUUGGCUGCUCGGACUCUGAUUCGCUCCCUGGAGAUGGAGGAGAGAGAGCGCAGGGGAGAGCAAGAUGGAGGAGUGAAGAAGAAGGUGGUGGAGCUCAGUGUCCAAUCAGGAGUGAGCAGUGCCUUCACUGCCUUCAUUGCUGUCAACAAAGGGAACGGCGAGGCGAUUCAAGGACCUCUGGUGCGCAGAAAUGUUCCAACACCCGGUAUGAGGGACUGUACUUAUUCACUUUGUGCUCCAGUGAUGUUUGGUGCUCCAAGACUCAGAACUAGGAAAAGUUGUACGACAGUUGAUGCUCCAAUGAUCUAUGGUGAUCUACGCAGCAGUAUAAGGGCUCCAAUGACCUAUGAUGUUCCAAACUGCAUGCAGACGGAGGAGAGAGGGCGGAGGUGUGGUCCCUCACCCUCAACUCUCUCAUUAGCUCACAACAGCAGUAAGAGCAAAGCUGGAUUUUUCUCAAAUCUGAAGAUGAAGAAGCUGCUACGUGGGAAAAAGGAACAAGUCUACAAGUCUAGUCCAAAGACUCAGUCGUUGUCCACUAAAUAUGAAGAUUACAGAUCUAUGCGUGUAAGCACUGAGCCCCAGCAGCCACCCAGAGAUCCUUUUCUGCAGUUGAUCUCCGUCCAGAAGGCGUCUGGCUGCUGGGUGCUAGAUCCAGCUCUGGCUGCUGCUAUGGGAAAGACCAGCGAGGAGGUGGAAAGCCCAAAACCUGCAUCGGUGAAUCAGGAAGUGUGGGCCACCAUUCUGGCUCUGAUCUGGCUUCAUGGUUUCAAGAUGGACGCUCGGGAAGAGUGGGAGCUUUUGGCUAUGAAGGCUGUGUCAUGGCUCCGUGCUCAGAAUGCAGCAUGUGUGGCAGAGUGUGUCGAAGCUGGAAAUGCACUGUUGGGUUGUAAAGUGCAGAAAGACGCCCUGGGACUCUGAAGGUUUUCAUCAAACUGGCUUCUCCUUCAGGAUUGAUACACAGAGCUUUGUAACAAUGAAAUCCUGUUCUUUUAUGGUGUCUGUUUUUAUUUGUGUGCCUUUAAUGUCAAAUUGUGUCUAAGGUAACUGAAAAUGAAACAGUGUGUGAUUGCUUGCUUGUGUUAUGCUUCAUCUAAUAUAAUCAUGUUUAUGUCUCAUGAAAUUUGAUUUUAUCCUGAGUUCAACUUCUGCCUGAGUGAACUUGUGCUUACCAAGUAACCAGUCUCGGGCUAGUUCCAUACAACAUAGACAACUCUUAGUAAAAUCCAGUAUCAAUUAAAUAAUACAUUUAAAAUAAAAACAAGUGUUAUGAUUAUAUGUCUAUUUAAUAAUGAUGGAGAGUAACACCAUAGCGCUUAUCCAGCAAAUGAAGGAUGCCAAUAGUCAGCAGGUGCUUCUCCAGGCAUAAACUAGAAGCGGCCAUUUCUUUCCUCACUGCAAUAGCUGUUUUCACUUCCAGAUGUUAGCAGUUCCACACAGAUGUUUGUCUUACGUUAAAAAUUCACUUUUCAGCAAAGCAAAACUUGUUCAACAGUGUUUGACUGUCAGCUCCUGUCAGUCAGUGCUCAGAGGUGCCCAUCAUCACCGUCAUCAUCAUCAUCAUUAUUAUUAUUAUUAUUAUUAUUAUUAUUAUUAUUAUUAUUAUUAUUGUAGGAGCCAUAUGUGUGUGUAUGUUUGACCACUAGGGUGUAGUAUUUUUGUCUAAUUGGUGACCACCGAGCAUCAGGUGUAUAGAAUAGGAUUGAAAUCAGUUUAAGUUGAAUGGUGGUGGGGAGCACACCAGUUCUUAACGGCAUCACGGCAUCCAGCUGAAAAGCAGCUUUAUGUUAAGUUCCAGUCACCAACAACCUACAUGAUAAUGUUUUGUUUUGUCAUUUCUUUAUUUUUGCAAUAAAUGGGAACCUCCCCGAAACAGAA